AUGAUAUUGCUAAAAACCCGUCUAGAGAAGUAUUUCAACGAGGGUAAUGAAGACGCCUUGCCCGGAGUGAUUGAAGCACUUCUGAGGAGAAGGCUUGCUGACAAACACGGGGAGACAGAUGAUGAACUGAUGGAUUCAUUCGAAACGCAGCCUUUCAAAGAUGAUGUGAAGGAUGAAGAUUUUGAAUCUGAUUUAGAGGAAGCCCUUUCUACCGACGACGAACUCGAGGAUCUGUACAACGCUCCGGAGAAUGUGAUGGAGAAGCAUAGUAAGAAUGAGUUUUACAACAUGGACGACAAGAAGUGGGAUGCCCUUGUUAGAGAAGGCAUUCAACAUGGGAUUCUCAAGGAUACUAAGGAAUGCGAAGAGAUUCUUGAGGAUAUGCUCCAGUGGGACAAGCUUCUUCCUGAUGACUUGAAGAAAAAAGUUGAAGCAAAGUUUAACGAGCUCGGGGAUAUGUGUGAAAGUGGCGAAAUCGAGCCAGAAGCAGCUUAUGAGCUUUUUAAGGAAUUCGAAGACGAGAUGGUGAUUCAGUAUGGUGAUCAAAUGGAAGCUGAGGGGCCUCUCAAGUUUGAUGAAACGGAUGUUUCCGAUAGGAAUACCAACUUGGAUGACCCUCCAGGCAAAGGCCCAAUCCUUAAGUGGCAAUCGAGGAUCGUUUUUGCUCCUGGAGGCGACGCGUGGCAUCCAAAGAACAGGAAAGUUAAAUUGUCUGUUACAGUAAAAGAGCUCGGGCUCUCAAAGCAUCAGGCUCGAAGGUUACGGGAGCUUGUGGGGAAAAGAUACGUCUCAGGGAAAGACGAGCUUACGAUCACCAGCGAGAGGUUUGAACACCGAGAGGAAAACAGGAAAGACUGCUUAAGGACGCUAUACGGGUUGAUAGAGGAAGCUGCGAAAGCCAACAAGAUUGCUGAGGACAUCAGAACUUCAUAUUUGAAACAGAGACUCCAGGCCAAUCCAGCUUUUAUGGAGAGACUACAAGCCAAGAUCACAAGGUCUAAAGAAUCAGUUCCCAUCAACGUAUGA